AUGCCGCCCAACGAGCGGGCCGAAAAACAGGCUGCUGCCCAGCAGGCCGUUGAUAUCCUGCACGAGAUUGCGACCAUCCUGAACUGCCAUCUCGACCGCCGCACGCUGUCCAUCUGCAUCUCCAUGAUCGAGAACGGGGUGAACCCGGAGGCGCUGGCGAACGUCAUCAAAGAGCUCCGCAAGCAAGGCCAGGAAGCACAGCUCGAGGCUGCCGCGGCGUCUGCGCGACGGAGAUGA